AGCCUGGAUAGAAAACAUGUGCUACGUCUAUCGGCACCGCCACGUCUGCUGCAACUGCAGCCGCAUCAUGUCCUCCCAAGACAAGACCGGCUGGUGCGAGAAGCGCAUCUGGGUCCGCCCUAGCCCCUUCGAGCACGCCGUGCCCUACUGCUCUGAGGGCACCAAGCUGAUCCACCUCGACUACAAGGUCAUGCGCUGCGUCGAUUGCCACUUCGGUCCCUCCAGGCUCACCCGUGCUGUCGACACACCUCGGCAAGACACUCGAUUGCCAGAACAGCGGCAAGGCCAGCACGAUGAGCAAACAGAAAGAGACGCAGAUGGAGGGUCCGAGGCCGAGGCCCCGGGUCGGCUGUGGAGUGUCGGCAGGUACGUGUGCCGAGUUCUCGCGGGGUGGGCGGUGACGGUUCUGGGCGGUGUUCCGGUUCCAUCUGACCAUCCAGCCUACAACCGUUCCUGACCUCGCCGACUACAAGAAGAAUCUUGAUAAUUCGCAGUGAAUAGAAAAUAAAG